CCUGCGCGCCCCUCCCCCACCCAUGCCAGCGCUCCACAUGUUCUCUAUUUACUCUCCUCUAAGACUUGGCUGGUUUCAGUGGCGUAGUUAAUGUUUAAUGUGCUCUUGCACGGGUGGCGCUGACUAUAGGCUGCGCAUAUUUCAUAACCCAUUUCCGUCUCCCCUCCAAUCCCCCCAAAGAGGUCAAGGGUUAAAAGAUACCAAACUCUCACCUUGAGUGUUUUGCUUGUUUCUCAGGCUUCUUAUCAGGUAGGAAUCCCUCAGUUUUCGAUGACUGCCCUGAAAGAGUCCCCAAGUUUCAAGAUUGUAAAGAUGUGGAAGGAAAUGCAGCAUCCAGGUCAGGCUGAAGUGACGAGGGAGAGUGGAAGGGCGGGGCGAAGAGAGGGGACUCUUAGGGUUCCGACUCUUUGGGUCAGAAAAUGAGGCCUGGAGAUAAGAUGCAAAGGCCCGAGAGCUCAUUCGGCCUUGGUUUCGGGUUCAGAUUCCACUCUUCAGGGACCCCAUCAUGCCCGAUGACGUGAUCUUCAGUGGCAGUGGCGUUUGGUGUCAUUUGUUUAUUCUGGAAAUCUCUGUCGUGGGGGCAAGAAGCUGGCCUGGAAGCAUAAAGCAGAAUAGAUGAUUUUGAGGGUUUAAGGUGUGAAGUAGACGGAGAAGGGUGAUGUUAGGGCUUUUAGUGUUUCGUCAGGGGUGCCCAGUGAGCCUUCUUUAGGUCCAUGGCCCUCUUGCAUCCCUGGAGGGGCCGGGAUCCACAGGCGGCCCUGCCUAUGCCGUUAUAGUCAUCCCCUGCUCCCAUGUGGAAGGGGAAGUGGAAGGAGCCCCGGAUUUCUCAUCUGUCAGAGAAGAAAAUACCGCACCUUGCCUUAAUUAUCAGGCUAUUUUGAAGAUCUCAUUAGCAUAUCUGAAAGCACUGUAUUUUUUAAAAAUAUUUUAUUUAUUUAUUUGACAGCACAGGCAGGGGUAGGGGCAGAGGGAGAGGGAGAAGGAGACUCCCCAUUGAGCAGGGAGCCCCAUGUGGGGUUCAAUCCCAGGACCCUGGGAUCAUGACUUGAGCCAAAGGCAGACGAUUAACCAACUGAGCCACCCAAGUGCCCUUGAGAGCACUUUAUAAGCAACACGUGGGAUGUGUUUUUGAAGCAGCGCUGUUCAUAUUGUUUCUCUCUCUUCCAGCUACUUAGUUCCAAAAUGUGAGUGUGAUAGGGUCCAGGGAGGUAGGAAAGGCUAGCAAGCUGCUAUACAGUCUGAAGGGUCCUUAGAAGAACAAGGGUAGUAAUUGUCUUUGAAAAGAAGAGGCAACAUCUGGUCACCCAUUCACAGAGAAUAUUAUAUUAACUACAGUGAUUAGUACAGUGUUAAUAAUUAAUAAUUACAAUUUUACAGAAAAUUUUUAAGAAAACUAGAGCCAAAAACUAGACCCUUGGAUUUAUACUGACUGCUUGGAAGCAAUGCCUUUGUCUUAUAAGUUUUGCUUGCCCCAUGCCUCUUAGGUGCUCAUAAAUGUUAGUUUAACUGAAGCAUUGUCCCAAUUCCAUUGAGCCAUAUAUCCUCAGGGAAACAAAAUACAUAAGAGUUUAUAGUAAUAGGGUAAAAGCCAAAAAAAAAAAAAAAAAGAGGCCUUUCGACAGCUUAAUAGUUACUAGAACAGAUGACAAGUUUAUUUGUCCAGCAUUUUUUGAGUGCCUUCUGUGUGCCUAGGCUUAUGAGAAAUGGAUCUCUUUGGCUGUAAUGGCCUCAACCCUACAGAAUGUUAAGAAUGAGUUAGUACAUUCUGGAUCUAGACAGUCAUGAAUGGAGCGGAUAGCUGAGGUGACUGAACUCCAACUACAUGAUUUCUCAUGUUUCUGUUUCUUUGGAGUUCUGGGGAUUGGGAAAGUAACCUCAUGAAGAAACCUGAAGGACUACCUUGCCCACUGUUGAGGCUGGGCUUCUUUGGCAUUUCUGUCCCCUCUGGUCCCAUCUCUAGCUCCUGAGAGGGUCUGGACUCUUACGAACUCCAUGUGCCUGGCUCAUUGGGAUUUUUUCCACUUCUUUCCUCAUUGUCCUGCCCCUCCCUACCUGUCCCACUUGCAGGCCUCCUCCGGAGCAGGAGAGGAGCUCCAUGAGGCCACAUGCUUGUCGGCUCUACAGGGCUGGCAGGCUGACUCACCCAGCACAGCCCAAACCUGACUUGGCACUGGAAGCAGUUAUUGGCAGAGCCCAAAGGGACAACCUCUCUGGGAUCCAAACACCAGGUCCCAAGAUCUCAAAUAGAGCACAUUUUUCCUAGGACAUUUUUCCUAGUAUUGGGAGGGUAGGAAAGGUGGUUAAAAAUUCAGCAUGGUGUCACAGGAAAAAGACAGACUCAGAACCAGGCAAACUGGAUUCCGAUUCUAGCUCUCCCCAAACUCUCAAUUUGACCUUGCAACUGUCUUUUACACUUAAUUCCUCCAGGAUUUCAUUUUAACAUAGGAGAGUCACCUCCGGCCUUUCCAGACCUUGAGAUUUUCAGAAGGAAGAUGGUACUGCCUUCCUUUGCUGUUACCACUGGUACAGUGAAUUUGAAACGUUUUUUUCCCCUGAGAGCUGGAGUCAGGAGGAAGCUACGCAGGUCAUUUCUCUUGUUCAUUUGACAAAGGUUAGGAAACCUCACGGGAAAUAAGCACAACAUCAGAGGGGUGGUGCGCAAGAGGGAAACUGGGUUUGUGUCGGCCUCUGGGCUCUGGGCUCCCGUGUGGGCCUCCCAGACCAGGGAGGUGAUUGAUGGUGGCUGUUGGGGGGGGGGGUGUUGGGUCACAGUUACUGCACAGUGUGUUUUAUGUGGAAUAUAUCAGUAUAUAUUCGUGACAACCCUAUGUGGUUGGUAUUUAUUGAGGGCCCUGUUCCUUCUCUUCCAUUGAACCCAAAACCUUCUUUUCUAAACUCUUGUUGCCUUAUUCAAUUUAUUUUGAUCCUAGAUGAAUCUUGUCUUUUUCUUAUUACAAGAGCACCAUUAGUUCUUAUCUUCAUUAUUUACUACCAACUAAGCUGUGCCAUUUAACCCUACAUUCGCCCGCUUGCUUUAACGAGAAAAAUCGAGUCAAGGAGUAAUUUGCCUCAAGUCAUAUAACCGGAAAUGGUGGAAGUGGGAUUUGAAUCCAGAUCUGACUACCUCCAGAACCCAUGCUAUUGGCCCCUUACUAUUUAUUAUUGUUCGUAGUAAUGGAAAUGUAGGGUAAGCCCCCUGAUUCAGAGAGAGAAGGCCACUAGGAGACGUGAUGGAAUCUCCCUUCCGACUAGAAUGCUACCCCGCCCCCCGCCCCGCCCUCCCCACCUCCGCGAAGUCCACCCUCCUGCAUGUGUCCGAGCCCACUUCUGUGUCCUUCCACGCAGGCUGGGAGGUUUGGGGGACGGCUGUCCACGGCCCCUUCCAGCUCUCUGCUUGCUUGGCGUCCCUGCCGCCACGCUGCUCCAGGGCCCGGGCAGAGCCUUGCCAGAGAGCCUCAGCUCGGCUCACACGUGGCUUCGAUUCUUCUCUUUUCAGGCCCGGCUUGGGACAUUCUCCACUUCCCUUCGCUUCCCCUCUGGGAGCCCCUUUCACCGCCCCCCGCACCUUGCUUCGGGCGAUGCCCCAGAGCGAGCUGUGGCCAGCGGGGCCCGGCUCGGAACCCGCGACCCGCAUCGGCAGCUGUGACAGCAUCAUGAGCACCACGUCCACCCGCUCUGGAUCUAGUGACAGCAGCUACGACUUCCUGUCCGCUGAAGAGAAAGAGUGUCUGCUCUUCCUGGAGGAGACCAUCGGCUCACUGGACACUGAGGCUGACAGUGGACUGUCUACUGACGAGUCUGAGCAAGACGCAGCUCCCCAAGGUCCCCGAGCACUGCCCAUAACCCAGCCUGCUCCCCCGGGAUUUCCAGGGGAGAAGAUCGUUCAACAAGCACCAGAGCCAAGGAGAGGGACUCAGCCCAGCUCAACCCAUCUGCCUGAGCCCCAAGGCCUGGGCCUCAGGUCUGGCUCCUAUAGCCUCCCCAGAAAUAUCCACAUCGGCAGCAACCAGAACCUCAGCAAAGGCACAACUCAGACUAAUAGCCACAGCCCGGGGGAACAGGAGCGGCUUGUCCCAGAGCCUAAGAGCGAGCCGGUUGGCCAAAUCAGUGAGCCCAGCCAGCCUCGGGCCGGCCCCCAGCCGCCUGCCCUGGACUUGGCCGCAGUGCCCAUCCCGCCGCCCCAGCCAGAGCCCCGCGAGCGAGGCCGCCUGCCCCUGGGGCCCGGGCAGCAGAGCCACCCAUCACUCAGCCCCCAGGAGAGAAAGGAGACUGCCUCAGGGGCCAUGUCCCAAAACGCCAACGAGAAAGUUUCGACGGGGGGACCAGGGCAGCCUCGGCCUCCUCCUGCCACGUCUCAGAAUGUGAGAGCCGAAGACGCUCCUGUCCCAUCAGGGGGGGACCCCAGUGCCCAGCUGCCCCCCCUCACAGCCUCCAAGCCCCGGAAGCUGCCACCCAACAUCGUUCUGAAGAGCAGUCGGAGCAGUUUCCACAGCGAGCCCCAGAACUGGCUGGCCCGCCACUCGGAGGCCAGCCCUGGGGACCCCAGCCCAGCCUCGUCCUCGCUGCAGGAGCAGAAGAAAGCACGCCGAGAAGCCCUGGAGAAGCUGGGGCUACCCCAGGACCAGGAUGAGCCCGGCCCCCACUUAAGCAAACGCACCAGCUCCACCCGCCUCCCGGCCCCCCUCCAGGCUCCGGCCUCCGAUCCACCCACCACUCCUGUGCAGGCCCUGCCUGCGGGAGGAAAGGCUCCCGGCCCGGCCCCGGCAUGGGGACGUUCUCCAGGGAAGGCUCCGACUCCCACUCCAGCUCAGGGGUCUCCCCCAGGCAAGGCUUUGAUUCCUGCCCAGGACCCCACUCCAGGGAAGGUUCCAGCUGCCAAAUCCAUGCCAGUUCCUAUCCCUCAGGCCCCUGGGGUAAGUAGGCCCCUGACUCGGCCAAAGCCAGACUCGGGGCUGACUCUCCAGGAGAGCAACAUCCCCGGCCUGAGACAGAUGAACUUCAAGUCCAACACUCUGGAGCGCUCAGGCGUGGGGCUAAGCAGCUACCUCUCGGCUGAGAGAGACCCCAGCCCCAAAACCAGCACCUCUCUGGGCAAAGCCUCCCUCUUGGACAAGACGUCUCCUAAUGUCUUGCGUAACUCGCGGCCCCGCCCUGCCUCCCUGGGCACCGGGAAGGACUUCGCAGGCAUCCAGGUGGGCAAGUUGGCUGACCUGGAGCAGGAGCAGAGCACCGAGCGCCUGUCCUACCAAGGACAGAGCCGUGACAAGCUGCCUCGACCCGCCUUCGUCAGCGUCAAGAUCUCCCCAAAAGGCAUCCCUGAUGAGCACAGAAGGGAAGCUCUGAAGAAGCUGGGACUGUUGAAGGAGUAGUCACUGGCCGCCAGCACGGCCCCACAGCCCCGCCUCACCCCUGCCUUACAAGAGGAGGCUCGGAGCCUUUCCCACCCAGCAGCUCAGGGCUCGGGCACGAGUAGGCUUCUUUCCAGGGAGCUCCUCUCUCUGAGGCGAAGGGGAGGGAGAGAUGGGAUGCCAGGCAUAGGCAUCCGUUUAUGAUCAGAGUGGUUGUGUCAGUGAGUGCCUGCCCAGGUCAUCCUGAAGAUGAUUUCCACAAGACAGUGUGUGUGUGUGCAUGUGUGUGUGUGGGGGGGUGUGUACUGUAGGCUGUAUAUAUCACUGAAGCUAUUUAUAUGACACAAGGAGUCAUUGCUCAAAGUUCUGCUUGUGUUGGAGAUUUUCUUCCACUGGGUAGGGUUCAGCCCGGCCAGAACUGAGGGGACAGGGACAUUAGGCAAAUGCAGGGUCGUUUGAAAUGUGGGUCGCCCAGAAUUCCCGCAUGGGAGGAGACUGGCUCCUACCUUGCAGGUUCCCUCUCUCAAUUCUGAACUUCUGGAUGGGGGCCAGGAGUAGCUUUGUCACCUCCUCCCCCACAGCCUUCACACUGUCCCCAGUCCCGAGGACAGGACACAUCCCUGUCACUAAAGCUCUCAGUUGACUGGGAGCCCGAGAGCUCUGGCUGGGCUGAGAAGGCAGGGUAAGCGACCACCCAGAACGCCUCCACGGGAGAGGAUCCUUGUCGUGGGCCUGACGAAUGUAUAGUCGUAAACCGUGCAGUGGUCCCUGACUCUGCUGUUACUAAUCGCCUGCUCCCUACCUCGGCUGGCACAUGACUGACCCCAGUGCUGGGCCAACGCGGAGAUGGGAGUCUAAGCCCUGAGGCUUCAUAAAUACCAAAGACCCAUUUGAGGCCCUUGUCUCCGCUACUGGCCACUGCUUGCAGUUUUGUCCGUUUCUAUGGGAAGGAAACUCAGUCCAUUCUCUGCUAGUUAUUCACAGAGUAUCAGAGCUGGGGGAAAUCUUAGAGGGGAACUCUCGUGUCCCACACUGCUGGGGAAGGGAAGCGACUCCUCCAAGGUCACUCUGCCAUCCGGUAACAGAGCGGGGACCCUGGCUUCUCAUCCCAGGCUGCGUGCCGCCGGCCUCACACGGCACCCUCAGGAUCAGCAGUCAUCGUCAAAGGCUCAACCCUCAGGCCCUUCUAGAUCCUGAAGUGUCUUCUGAAACAUCAGAGAUUAAACAUUGUUCAAGACCAUAUUGAGUGUUGUUUUCUCUACUAUGUCUUUGGAAAGUAGCACUCUCAUAACUUAUUAUGAACACCAAUUCCCUGACCACGUUGUGCAACUUGACAAACUGCCAAGAGAGGGUAAUAGGAAUGGGUGGUAUAGGCUUGUGGAGACAAGCUUGGAAAUCAGACGCAGCUAGACAUGACCUUUGCUUCCCCUAAGGAAAUAAAUAUCAUUCAUGGCUGUGGUUGGAGUGCAGGAUCCCCAGAUGUGAGGGGCAGAUAAGGGGAGCUGUUGUUGGAAAGGUGCCCUUUAGGUCAGCUGAGCAUUUCUGGGCUAUGUCCUUACGGACCCAGCACUGUCAAAGCAUAAUAUUUCUGAAAAUGAUGAAAAGACUAAGGUAUGGACAACAAAUGGCUCCACCCUGUCAUGGUAUGUGGGGUAUGGGUGUGACAGUUUCUGUAUACACUCUCACACACACCCAAAAUCCUGCGGCCUGCCUGGCCCUGGGUCAGGACCGGGUCUGUCAGAGCUGAUAGGGAUUCGCACAACUGGCCAAGCCCUUUCUCAUUACAGACUCCCCCAAAGAGAGAAGGCCCCCUUCUGGAGGACUGGUUUGACACACGCUGUGUUCGGUGGAAUUGCUUCAUGUGUGUAUUUCAAGAGAACCUAGGAAGGAUCACUUUAUUUCUUUUAAUUGCCCUGAUUAAUAGGGAAACUCGGUGCUACCCAUAAAGUAAGACUUGGUGGGAAACCAGGGCCCUCGCAUCAACACAGGUGUGUGAAACUCCUCUUAAAUCCUCUCUCCCAGGUGAAGGUAAGGUCUCUCCAACAAAACAUACUCACCUGCAGCUUGUCUUCCCGCUCUGCAUCCUCAGCUGGUGACAUGCCCAUUCCCCCCAGCAGCUCCCUUCCUGCUUCCCCAGGUCCUUGCCCUUCAGAGGGCUUGUCUUACUCUUAGGAUGGUCUUUGGGAGUCAAGAAUAGGAUCAUAAACCCAAACCCAGCUGUCCUCAUUCUGAAGAGGGACAAGGGAACCCACCUAGGGACCUCUGCCAUCCUGAAGGUGAUGCUAGACCCACAGAAGGAGUUUUCUCUAUCCUCUUUUAUCCAUAUAAGAUUGUUCUUCAUUCAGCUUGGACAGAUUGGGUGGAGACAAGAGUGGGGUCACUGUUGUGUUUGUCCCUUUCUGAAAGAUUUUGGAUGGAAUUUGUAAAGACUAUUCAUCUGAUUUUAAAAACCCAUGUGACGACUCUACUUCCACUUGGCCUUGACCCUGUGCUCUAGCCUGGGGCAGUCUUGCUGCUAUUGGGAACGAUCUAUCUGCCAAAUAGAGGAUCUGGCUUCUCCCCAGCUUGGCGUGGUGGGAUCUGUGCCCUUAAGUGUGUUCACAGCUGCUCCUCUGAAUCACCCCUCAUGUGCUAUCCUGGGAGGUCUGUACCCCGACUUGGUGUGGCAGGACCAAGUGCUAUCCUACACAGAAGUCGGGGUGGGCCCGGUCACAUGCCUCCCUCCAUCGUGGGCAGUAUGGUCUGGUGGAGGCCAGCCUGAAACCUGGCUUUGCACAGGUGUGCAAAAGUAGGUAUUGAUUCCAUGGAAGAAAGGGCAGAUGAAGGAGUGGAGAGCAGUCCCUGCUUGAUGUUAUGGCUUAAGCUGGAGGUAAAGAUUUAAGACUACACCAUGUAUGAGCGUGCGAGAUGAACCACUCCAUUCCUGAUCCAUGAUCAUACGUGUAGGAAGAGGAGGGUCGUACUGUCAGAACGUGAAGUUGAUAGACUAGAGAAGGUGGAGACCAGUGGGAUGGGCAGGAGAAAUCAUGUUCAUCUCAGAAUCUAAGGAGGAAUGGGGCUGUAAUGCUCCCAUGAUCUUUUCCUCAUGUGAGUGGCUAUAGAGCAUAUAAAGCCUGGCUCAAUUCGACCUCCAUCGCUUACCGACAUGGGAACCCUGGGGCUGCCACUCUAACUUUCUGGACCUUGGAGUUCUUAUCUGUAAAAUGGGGAUAAUAAUACCAUCCUUUCAAUAUCAUUGAGUUGAACAAGUGAUAUAAAAUAUGUAAAACUCAGUGCUUGACAUAAUGUAGAUACUCAGUAAAUGGUAGUAUUAUUUCUGCAUCUUAUUUCCUCCUUCUCGAAGGGACCAAAUGGAGACAGGCUUAGAAGCCAAGAGCUCACCCAAUUCAGCUCUGAGAGGAAAUGGGAGAGAUCUUGCUGCAAGUAAAAGUCCAAAGUACCAACUAGGCAUUGGCACACCCUCCAGGUGACUCAACCUCACCCACGCCAGGGAAUUGGAAAAGAAGGGGAUCAGUGUGAAUAUGGUGUUUGUGUCUCAGGGAAGCCAGCUCCUCUCUUUCCAAACCCAGCUUUUGAUUUACCAUCAAUGUCCUGUUGCCCAAGACCAUGUAAUUUACUUUUUUUUGUUUCUCUCAACUUCCUUUUGCUAUGUGGUUCAGUGACCUAUAUGCUGUUCUAUAGUUAUCCGUUUCUAAAAUGGAGAGAAAGAAUAAACACACAUAACAGGAGGGAACGAUGGCUCAAAUCAGGAGACUAGAAAAGGUUUCAAGCUUCCUGGGGCAUUUUCUAAAGAAGGUAGGCAUCUUUCAGGAAUGAAUCAGGCAUUAGUUGGCAGGAAGCAAAAAGGUGUGUUGGAUGACUCCCCACAUCCCUUGGGAUAUAGGGCUCGGUGAAUUGCAGGAGACAGUGCCAUCAUCACCACUGCCACCACCACCAUCAUCACUGUCAUCAUUGACCCUUGGCAUAUAAGUGAGGUAGAAACAGGUGAUGUUCUAAUUCUAGGCUGCCAUUCCCUCUUGCUCAUGGCCUAUCUGAAUCAUUGUCCUAAAUCCAGCACUUGCCAUGUAUCCAGGGUUCAAAAUAAUCUGAAACAGAAUGGUACCCCAGCAAAGCUCUGGACAAGAUGAGCUUUAGAGAGUCACUUCAUCUCACUCAUAAAAUGGGGAACUUGGACUGGAUUAUCUCCUACAUCUGUUCCAGCUCUGAAACAUAUGUUAAAAUGGGUCCAAGCAGGGGCCCCUGGGUGG